AUGUAAUUUUUAGACUUGCCCAACUAUUGCUUUUUCUAAAUAAAUAAAAGAAUUAGAAAAUAUAAUCAAAAAAAAUCAACAAAAAUUGAAGAUUUGAAAGUUAUUAAAAAAUAUCAACCCUAAAUACAUUUAAGGUAUGGUAUUAUCAAUGAAUAUGACAAUCCUAAUUAAUUUGCUAGUAAUGAUAAUUAAGCAAAGAUAAUAUAUAUCUAUCAAAGUAGCUAUAUGAGAAUUAGUAGCUUAUACAAUAAUAGAGACUUGAAACUGAGAAACAUCAGAGUACUUUCAAGAGACAAUAAACUGAAAGACUAAUCUAAGAAAAAGAGAAAGAAUUAAACAUACACAUUUUAAAUAUAGUAAUCCAAAAAAAGUAAUUGCAGAUUUCAAUAAAAUAUGGCAAUAAUUUGAUCUAUAAUUGCCUAUUAGAAAUAAGCAUAGUUAUUGGUAUUUAAACAUCAAAAGAUAGCUGAAUUGGAAAAGAAAAUAACUGAUUUAGAGUAACAAUUAUAAUAGAAGGACUUUUAUCAUAAAAAGGAUAUUGAUAAUUUGCAUCUGGUUAUAGCUACCUUGAAAAAAUUAAAUCUUUUAAUUAUAGAAAGAAGAAAAGAAGAUACCUCUGGCUGUGAUUGAGUAACCUAAUGAAACAUCCGAUAGGAAUAAAAGUAUGCCUCAGUAAUAAUAAAUAAAAAAAGGAUUCAAAAGAUUAGAUUCAAUGAUAUCUCAUAAAUGUUAUUAAUUUCAGUAUACUAGAAUCAUCUAUGAAAUUAAAAUUAAAUGAAAUUCCUUUUUCUAGAUUAGAUUCAUUUAUUCAAAGACUGUUUAAGGAUGCUUAACAUUAUCUGAUUUGAUAGACACUUUUAAAUAGUAUCCAUUUGAACUCAGUGAUGAAUAAACCACUUUAAUAUCUAGAUUAAUCAUAGAACCAUAAUAAGAAGAUUGGAUAUAUUGUGAUUUAAAUUGUAGAAAUUAUAUAGUGAUUGCAAUUACAUUUUUUAAAAUCUCAUUAAAGCCAACUAGUUGAUUUCAUCUAAUGAACACAAAGUAUUAUACAGUCAGUUAUGUUAAGUAUUAACUAUUUACAUUAUGAGAUGAUGAAAUAACACUAAAUGAAUCAGUAUCUUACUUGUAAUUAUCAGGAGAUCAUUGUAGCAUUUAGGAGUUCAAGAAAGCUCUGGGUUCAAUUGAUAUCCUUUUAUCACAUAAAUUAGAUGAUUUAUUAAUGAUGAAGAUCUAUUGA